CUCGUGAGCGAUCGCGACUGGCUUUCGUUGUGUGUGAGUAGCGAAUUCGAAAUGGGUGGUGGUGAAGCACGGAAAGGCGACGAGCAGCAACGCCAGCUUACCCUUCAAGCUCGUACUGAAUACCAACGCCUCAAUGCAACGUGCCGUCACGAUUUGACGGUUAUGGCUAGAAUUUCAGCUCCUGAAGUGGAAGAAGAAUCGCGGCGUGCCGCAGUCAAUAUUUGCGCAGUUAUAGACCGAAGUGGGAGUAUGAAGGACAACAUCUCACUAAUGCAGGAUACGCUCAAGUUUGUCGUCCAGCAGCUGAGACCAGAGGACAAACUGAGUUUCAUUACGUUUGAUCAUGAAGUGUGUGUUGAGCUGCCACUACAGAAUAUGACUGCUGCAGGAAAAGCGCAGGCAGAAGCUGCAAUCAGUCAUUUGAAGGAACGUGGUCAUACUAAUCUCAGCGGUGGACUAUUUGCUGGCUUUGAUCAAUUCUUCAAACUCAAACCUGAAGAAAUUGCACGUGUCGAGUCUAUUCUGCUGUUUACUGAUGGGAAGGCAAACGUUGGGGUUUCCAAAACACCUCAACUUGAAAAAGCUACAAACUCUGUAUUAAAGCAGAUUGGACGGCAUUGCUCUGUCUUUACGUUUGGAUUUGGAUCUGAACAUGAUGCCGACAUGCUAAAAGCAAUAGCAACGGCUGGGAAUGGAAUGUAUUACUUUGUCAAUGACGCUGAUACAAUCCCUGAAAGCUUUUGCGAUUGUCUCGGUGGGCUGUUGAGUGUGGCAGCACAAAAUUUGAAGCUUCGCAUCACAGCAGCUGGAGACUGUGCCCUUGAGAAGCCACUGACAGCAUUCAAAGUCACAACCGUUCAGGAGUACAAAGUCUAUGAUGUGGCCAUUCCUGACAUUUACAGUGAAGAAGAAAAGGACAUCCUCUGUAAAGUUAAUGUCCCAAAGUCUCCUGAUCGUGUUGAUGCUCAGGAAUAUCAACUGGCUGUUUUCAAUCUGGAUUACUUUAAUGUCAUAGACUGUGUUCCUCAGUUUAUCACAGCAGCAGCCUCUGUCACUCUCACUCCUGAAGGACCUGAAGUUUGUGGUGGAGUUGAUGAAGAGAUAGGAGUACAACGUAAUCGUUGUGAGACUGCACAAGCUCUGACUUCAGCAACAGAGCUGGCCGAUCGCGGUGAUUACGAUGGUGCUCGUGUUGUUAUUCAUAGGUGCCUUACAAGAAUCCAAGCAUUGCCUUCUGCAAAUCAUGAUCUCUCUAAACAUCUCAUUGAAACAUUGCAAGAUGCAGAGGGUGGACUGAAAGACAAGACAACAUAUGUCCGGUACGGCAAACAAGCUACCACUAGCUAUGGUUUGGCGCAUUGGCAACAACGCUCAAAUGUUUCUCCAGCCUAUGCAAUGAAGGCAGCUUCUGCUGUUUCAUCAAGACCUGAUUCUAGGAGUGCUCCUGCUGCUUGUGCUUCUGCUUGCCUUCCUUUAGGUACAGAACCUGUUAAUUAUUAUCGCAAGGGCAAGAAAGCUAAAAUGGUUAAAAAGUUUACGGAGGGUACGUCAAAUUUGAAGUAUGUUCCUGCUCCUCUUCCUCCUAUAGAACAGCAAAUGAAGAAACAGUUACCUAAGACUGAUUCUCACAGCAAUCAACCAUCUCAACAUCAAGGUCCUCAGGAUCAGUCUCUACAGAAUCAAACUUCUCAAACUAACCCUACUCAUGAACAGCAUCCCAAUGAGAAGUCUUCACAAGAUAAGCCUCAGAACGAGCCUACUCAGGGAUGAAACUCCUAAGUAAACGUGACAAUAAAGAACUGAGCAUGAGGUCUCAAGCUAGCAUACAUUAUUAGCGUGAUAGUGUGGUUUCGUUGAGCAAUAUCUGCAUGUCUUUUAGAGGCUGCAAUUUUGUGGUGGACUAUUAGAGGACUUUAGGUUAGAGGACUGUAGGUGCACCAUUUUGACUGUAUUGUGCUGCUGAUGCUGAUGCUGCAAUAUAAACUUAUAUAAAUGUGGCUCUCAA